CCCAUUUUGCUCGUUGAAGUUUCUCCAUCUAAACCUAUCUCCGAUUGUCUCCUCUUCGUUUCUCUCUCUCUCUCUCUCUCUCUCUUCAAUUCUGCCAUGUUCCAUUCAUAUCCUCUCCACUUGUGCUCUCGAUUUGGAUAACCUUAUGUUACUCAAUAGAGGAAAUCGAUACAAGUUUUCCGAUGGAGGAACAAUGAAGUGGAGGGGCGGCCGACUCAUUUUUCUCUGGGCGUAUUUAUCAUCAGUUGCAUCCAACUGGGCUCUCGAGAAGCACCACUCCUUUGAGGCAGCUGAAGCUGGGCGUGAAAGAAUGUUUGCGAUUCUGAUACUGAAAGUGACGUGAAGAAUGUUUCUUAGAUUAUCAACUAAGUUGUUGAAUAUAUCUAUAGCUUCUCUUUGUAGAGCCAAGCAAUUGGAGAAAGCGGAAGCUGCUAUAAUUGAUGCUAUCAGAUUGGGAGUAUUACCAGAUGUUGUGACUUACAACACUCUGAUAACUGGGUAUUGUCAAUUUGUUGGGUUCGAUGCAGGUUACUGUGUUAUUCACAGAAUGAAGGAAGCUGGGAUAAAUCCAGAUGUUGUUACCUAUAAUUCUUUGAUGGCUGGGGCCACGAGGCUGCAAUCGUUAUCCAGCUGUCUUGAUAUGCUUGAAGAGAUGCUUGAAAUGGGAAUUACUCCUGAUGUAUGGAGUUAUAAUACAUUGAUGCACUGCCUUUUCAAAUUGGGAAAGCCUGAUGAGGCAUACAGGACUUUUCAUGACAUUCUUCUAAAGAAUAUUUCUCCUUGUCAAGCGACAUUUAACAUUUUGAUUAGUGGACUUUGCAAGAAUGGCUACAUUGACAAGGCUCUAUUGUUAUUUAGGAAUUUGCAGCGGCAUGGGUAUAUUCCUGAGAUAGUGACAUAUAACAUUCUUAUCAAUAGUCUAUGCAAAUCAGGAAUGUGGAAGGACAUGAUGAGGCUCUUUGAGGAGCUUAGGGAAUCAGGUCAUGACCCAAAUGCGAUUACUUAUACCACAGUGAUGAAGUGCUGCUUCAGAUGUAAGCACUUCAGAGAAGGACUUGAAAUUUUUUUGGAGAUGAAGAGGAAAGGAUAUGCCUAUGAUCUGUUCUCCUACUGUACACUUGUUGGUGCUUUGCUGAAGUCAGGCAGGAGGCAAGAUGCCAAUAAUUGCAUAGCACACAUGAUUAAGAUUGGGUAUGAGCUUGACAUGGCAUCAUAUAACACUUUAAUUAAUUGGCAUUGCAAGGAAGGUAAACUAGAGAGUGCCUAUAGCUUGUUGAAUUUGGCUGAAGAGAGGGGACUGGACUGUGAUAAGUAUACUCAUACCAUCUUGAUUGAUGGGCUCUGCAAGGCGGGCAAAAUUGAUGCUGCACAGAGGCAUCUAAACCAUAUGAAAAUGUUGGGAUUCAAUUGCUUAGUUGCUUUUAAUUGCUUUAUUGAUGGUCUCUGUAAACUCGGUCAUCUAGAUUAUGCACUUAAAAUUUUUCACUCGGUGGAUGUUAAGGAUUCUUUUACCUAUUCUUCCUUGGUACACAACCUUUGCAAGGCGCGGAGGUACCGUUUGGCUGCUGAACUCUUGCUAUCUUGCAUUAAAGCUGGCAUGAAAGUUCUAAAGUCAGACCAAAAGGCUGUUAUUAAGGGUCUUACUCUUACGGGCUCCAAGAGGGAUGCCAAGAAAUUUGAGCUAAAAAUCCGGAUAGCCAAGUUGUUGCACUAUUAAUCAUUGCUGUCUAUGACUUAUGGUAACAUGUUGUACGUGUCGCUGCAUGGAAAGAAUUAGCAUGGUUCACUACCAUGAUUAGAAUGGACCUUUUGUUGCAAAAUCCAUCUUGUUGUGAAUUCUAGUCGAUUUGAAGUUGCCAUUCCUCAUGUGCACCUUAUGCUGAGUCUAAUUGUUUGGAAGAUUACUCCAGAAAAGUUCUGCUCAGUGAUGGAGUUUGUCUGUAUCUCCGGUGAAGAGCGGGCUGGUUUCUUUGCUUUUUGGAUCAAACUUUUUCUCAAUAGAUCUCCAGUUUAGCACAGAUCAGUAACAUGACUCAAACUUUAGAUCUUACCUGGACCAUUUUUCAAUUUCGGUCCUGGAGUCUCAUUCAAGUGAAAUUCUCAAGAUAUAGGUACUGUAGCGGCAUGUGAAACACCGUGCAUCUGACAGAGGUAUAAAUGCCUCCUAAAAGUGGAAAUUCUAUACUGUCUGUCUCCGGAAACCCUUCUAUUUCUAGCCUGGUAAGACAGGCUAGAUAUUGUAUAAAGUCGACCAAGCAUGAAUGUGGGUUAAAUUUUUCAUGGAUGAACCAGGUAGCAACUCUUUUCUGGAUUCUUCUGAGCUAGGAUAUAGAGUUCAUGCAUACGAAAUCUCAUUAGUUCGGAAUUCUUUUCUUUUCCUUUUUGUUUAGACUCAUUGAUUCUUCUUCCUUGUACUUUUUUCAUAAUAGCUGUAAUUGCUACUUACUGCAGCCGUAUGUGGAUGAUACUUGCAAAAUCUGGUAAAUCUAGUUAGUGUCUGCAAUGUAAGUUCCUGCAUCUAAUUUAUGAAGUAAGUUUAACCUCUAUAGCAUUUGCUCAUAUGAUGUAUGACACACGUCCCAACUGCCCUUGGAAACUUCAAUUCACAUAAUGCACAAUUGUUGAUUUCCGUGUAGUGAAAUCUAUUUACUGCCGUAGAAUCGAAAUGACUAUGCCCAUAUCUUAUUAGCUCUGAUUUCCUACAAUUACAAGCUUGUUUUCGCUAACAGGAGUAGGAGUUAGCAGUUACUAUUUAAUUAUUUGAGAAUUUCAAAAUCAAUGCAGUUUCUCUCCACCUUUUUCAUUUUUAUCAUAUCAGAUGCACCUAUUCCAAUUUUCAAGAGUUCAUCCAAUGGCUAAAAGCAAAUGGGGCCAAAUUCAUCAAGCGGCAAGUGAAGGCAAGAUUGAAGACGAUAUGCUGCAAUGAGUUUGUGAGAUGAAGAUUUGUUUCAGUACAUGAAAAAUCAGAUUUUCGAAAUUGAGGAGUUUGCCUGAGUGUGCCGCUUGAAAGAAACGUCAGAGCUCAGCAAAGAACUGCCAAAAGCCGGGAAAAUAAAACACCUGUAGAUACCUGCAUUCCCUUCAAUAUGAUUUCAGGGAGUAAUAAUGAAAAUAUGUAGCGAGUAAUGACUGUCUUUCUAAGCAUUAGAUCAAGAGAAUUACUGUAGUUUUCUAUUUUGCAUCACUGAAACUGGCGAUACAUGUUUCUGAUGACAAGUUUGCUAUAGUGGAGUGUGCUAGCAUCAGACAGUAUGGUCAGGUGUAGCUUGUAAAGAUUUAUGAUUGUCGUAACUUCUACAGUAAGAUCUCAUAGGUUUGCCAUGUUUCUUUA